ACAUCGGGUAGUGCGCAAAAACUUGCCAUGAAAUUCUUUGUCCUGCUGGGAGCGGCACUGCUGCUGGCUGCUGGCGCAGCAUUGGCAGACAAUUCGAACGAAACGUCCAGCGUAGAGUCGCAGGAAGUUAGUUGUCCUGCAGAACCCUGCAAAGGGCAGUACGAGGAGUGGCGGUGCUGCGGCAAAUGCCAGGAAGUGUGCUUUCAAAAGCAGCUCAAGUGCACCACGAAAUGUACCAAGGGAUGCUACUGUCUGGAGGGAUUCGUCCGCCAGUACGCGGAUGGCAAAUGUAUACCGAAGAAGCUGUGCCAUCACUACUGGAGCAGAGCUUUUAGCAGCGGCGGUAAAAGAUGAAAAGGAAGUCCAUUCUGAGCUUUCAACGCGGAGGUUAUUGGGUGAUGGCUGGAACAACUUAAAGCCACUCAGCAGCAUACAGUUUGCGUUUGCAAUUCGCUUCACAAUUACAUUUGCUCCCAUUUUUUUGGAGCCAUCGCACCCCACCUAAAACAAUGUCUAUCAUGGGAAGUACGAACUAAUACUGUGGCUUGAAACGAAUCUAAAAUCUCCACAAAAACACUCCACUAUCUCUUUGCUUACCCAAUUGUCCCGAAACAGCUUGAACAAGCAGACAACCUUUACAGACAACUUGUGUAAACUUUCUGGAUUUUUCCCCCUCGAUGAUUAGAAUAGAAAUGAGGUU